UCUAGUUACUAGAUAUUUUACUUGACACAUAUAUAAAAUCGUGAUAUAUACAUACCAAAAAAGAAAGAAAAAAAAAAGAGAAGAAGAUAUGAGAAGAAUUCAAAGCCAUAACUUAUCAUGCUUACAUUGUCAAGGGCAUAACCAUAAGCUACCAUGUUUACAUUGUCAACCUCAAAGCUUCAUUAGGAUGGUGCAUCAUUUAAUAGAAAGGUGCAUAAUAUUUCGAAUGGGUCGGGAUGACUGCAUGAGAACACUAGCUAAGCACGGCAUACAUCCCAUGGUCAGCUUUACAGUUUGGGAAGGGCUAUUUAAAGAGAACAAGUUCUUUUUUCAAGCUUACUCCCGCUCUAUUCUACCUAGCCAUGUGUUCAAAGGACAACAAGAAACUAGGAAUAUGAAUCUUGAUGGAAGAACAAUGACAUCUUUUAGGAGAUGACGUUUGUUGGUGUUGUUUACUUAAAUUUGUAAUAGUUAGGCUCAAGAAAUUUGUAUCACAAUUAAUAACAUCAAUACAGAAUUGUUAUUUUGCUAGUUAUACAGUA